AUGGUGAGAGAAACGAAGUUCUACGACAUCCUUGGGGUGUCGCCAGAUGCCACCGAGGCACAGCUCAAGUCUGCCUACAAGAAGGGCGCCCUGAAGUAUCACCCUGAUAAGAACGCACACAACCCCGACGCCGCCGAGAAGUUCAAAGAGCUGUCGCACGCAUACGAAGUUCUCUCAGACUCGCAGAAGCGUCAACUCUACGACCAGUUUGGUGAGGAGGGCUUGGAGAAUGGCGGCGGUGCUGGCGGCGGCAUGGCCGCGGAAGACCUCUUCGCACAGUUCUUCGGUGGCGGCGGCGGCUUUGGCGGCAUGUUCGGUGGCGGCAUGAGAGAGUCUGGCCCCAAGAAGGCUCGCACCAUCUCUCACGUCCACAAGGUCUCGCUCGAGGACAUCUACCGCGGCAAGGUUUCGAAGCUCGCGCUGCAGAAGUCCGUCAUCUGCCCCAAGUGCGAUGGCCGUGGAGGCAAGGAAGGUGCUGUCAAGAAGUGCACGGGCUGCGAUGGCCGUGGUAUGAAGAUGAUGAUGCGCCAGAUGGGUCCCAUGAUCCAGCGCUUCCAGACCGUCUGCCCUGACUGCCAGGGAGAAGGAGAGAUCAUCCGCGACAAGGACCGCUGCAAGCAGUGUAACGGGAAGAAGACCGUCAUCGAGCGUAAGGUCCUCCACGUCCACGUCGACAGGGGUGUCAAGAGCGGCACCAGGAUCGAAUUCCGUGGUGAGGGUGACCAGCUUCCCGACUGCGAGCCUGGCGAUGUUGUCUUCGAGAUUGAGCAGAAGCCCCACCCCCGCUUCCAGAGGAAGGAGGACGACCUCUUCUACCAAGCCGAGAUCGACCUCGUCACCGCGCUUGCCGGCGGCGUGCUUCACAUCGAGCAUCUCGACGAAAGGUGGCUGUCCGUCGAGAUUACACCUGGCGAGGUAAUCGCACCUGGUGCCGUCAAGGUUAUCCGCGGUCAGGGCAUGCCCUCAUACAGACAUCACGACUUCGGCAACCUCUACAUCCAGUUUGAUGUCAAGUUCCCGGAGAAGAUUGGCCCGGAGGAAGGCGUGCUCUCCGAGGAAGACAAGGCUGCACUUGAGCGCAUCUUGGGCCCUCGCAAGAUUGAGACGGCCCAGCCUCCGGCCGACGCGAUGGUUGAGGACUUCCCGCUCGAGAACAUCGACCCGACUAGAGAACACGCCAGGGCGCGCGGCGGUGCCUCGAUGGAGGAUGAUGACGACGACAUGCACCCCGGCGCCGAGCGCGUCCAGUGCGCAUCUCAGUAA